GACGACACCGACAAGCGUCUGGUCAGCCUGCAGACCGUCUACGACCCAGUUCGAGGCCAACCGGUGGUGGUCUUCGUCGACGGCAGUGGACGUCUGCUGAUCGAGGAUGAAGAUGAGGAUAAUGAAGUUGAUGAUAAGAAAGAGGAAGUGCAUCUGCAGCCGUCGCACAUGAAAGUCGUCGGCGACGAGUGGGAGCAGCUGCCGGGCAGCUUCAACUUCGAUGACUACCUCUUCUUUGUUGGGGAGGACGGUAAUGGCGGCGGUGAUGAUGGUGGUAAUCUUGGUGGUGAUAAUGGCGAGGAUGAUAAUGGUGGUGGUGGUGGUGAUAAUGAAGAAGAAGAAGAAGAGGGUGACCGAAACGAUGAGGAGGACUGGUCAGUGGCGAACUACUACGACGGAGAGUACGGCGAUGGUGAUUAUUCCGGCACCCUGGAUGGUGAUGGGGAUGAGGGCACUUUUUAA